GGUCCACAAACAAUAAUAAAUAAAUUGAAAAACAGUCAAUACGCAUUGCAUAUAUGCGAUAAUUGAAUUGCAGCAUGGACGAAUUCAAGGUGCCCGGCCUGCCAGUCACUCCCAUAUUCAAAUACCAAGAGCCUGUUGCACUCGAGAAACCCGCCGAGCCUCCGCCGCCGCCACCAGCUCCAAAAUCGAAUCCAAACAGUAGCAGUUGCUUGUACAAAGUGCCAAAGUGGUCCCGCCCGCCAGCUGCACACGAUAUAUAUAGAUUCGAAGUGCUCAAAUCGGGCCAAAUCAUUGACGAGGUCAAGGAUCUACAGCAUCAGGCGAUCUGGACCUUUGGACGUCUCCCGGAAAAUGAUGUUGCCAUGGCGCAUCCAACAAUAUCACGCUUCCAUGCCGUGCUCCAAUACAAACCGAAGCCGUCUAGCAAUGCAGGCAGUGAUGAUGAUGUCUUCAGUGCUGACAAUUUGCCAAUAUCCGAUCAAUCCGAGGGCUGGUACAUCUACGAUCUGGGCAGCACACAUGGCACCUUUCUCAACAAACAACGUUUGCCGCCACGUGUCUAUAUACGCAUUCGUGUUGGUCACAUGCUCAAGCUGGGCAGCAGCACACGGGUGUACAUACUGCAGGGUCCCCGUGAGGAUGAGGAGCCUGAAUCAGAGCUAACAAUUACGGAGAUACGCGAGCGGCGGGAACAACAAGUUGUCUUGGCUGCCACAGAGAAGGCGCGCAAAGCCCUCGAGGCUGAGGAGCGUGAGCGCAAUGAAGGCGCCAGCUGGGGCAUGAGCGAGGAUGCCGAUGAGGAGACGGAUCUGACACACAAUCCAUAUGCCAGUUCUAACAACGAGGAUCUCUUCUUCGACGAUCCCAAGCGAACGUUGCGUGGCUUCUUUGAGCGCGAAGGCCUCAAUCUGGAGUACAAAUGCGAUGAGUUGUCCCAGGGCUCAUUCGUAUGCCGAGUAGAGCUGCCGCUAGACGAUACCAAUGGCAGACCCAUUGUUGUCGAGGUCACACACAAGGGACGCAAGAAGGAUUGCGUGGUGCAGUGUGCACUGGAGGCAUGCCGCACUCUCGAUCGACACGGUGUUCUGCGGCAGGCUAAUCAGGAGUCGCAAAAGCGCAAGAAUUUGAAAACGGGCGAUUCCGAUGACGAAGAUGAGUUCUGGGAUCGCACUGGCGAUGUGGCCAGAAAAAAACUACGCAAGGCUAAUGCAUCCGCAAGUGUGACACUUACCUAUGAUGAUUUGCUUAAGCAGGAAUUCGAGCUGAAUUUGGAGCAGCUAAAAGUGGAGCAAGAGAUUUUGGCUUACCAGCAGAACGAGAAGCGUUUGAAGGAGCUGGCUGUUAAGCAAGAGAGUGCCAGCGAUGAUCUGGACAAUUUCAUGGAUACACUCUCUGGAAAUGUGCCGCAAGUGGAUAAAACGGAGAUAAAAAAGUUGCGGCUUGAGGAGCAGCGCAUAAAAUCUGAACAGCAGAGGUUAGAACGACUCAUAAGAAUAGCCAAGCCUACGGCAUUUUCUUUAGCCAUGCCCAGUGGCUCAAUGCUGAGGAACAAGACACAGGAGACAAAUGCAGCCAAAAAACAGCUGCCAAUAAUUGGCAAGCGAAAUCAGUUUAGUAAAUUCAAAGUGGUUAAACCACUGGUCAGCACCCGAGCCAAAGUGCAAACGAACGUGUUUGCAUCCGAUGAUGAGGAAGUCGAAGAAGACGAGGAGUUAGAGGAGAAGACGGACAUGGCGACGUCCACGAAGUUUGCAGCGGAAACAAUAACAAAGCCAUCAGCAAGUGAGGAUACAAAGGAAAUCAAGUCAACGGUCGAUUCGGAAACACACACGGACAAGUCACUCACAGAUCCGGAUGUAACAAACACAUGUAAUGUGGUGCCGACAAUUGACUCGACAGCGGAAGUGGUGCCCGCUGAAACAGUAGAGGAUGCAACAGCAGUCACAGACACCACAGCACUUGCAGACGCUGCCGAGGAGCAGAGCGCCGAGGAGUUGGCUGCCCACAAGAAACGACGUCAGCGUGCGCGACAACGCAACAACAGCAAGCAGCGUCAGGAUGUGGACAUGGAUCUCCAUGAGCUGGCCGAGCACGAGGAUAUCGAGAAGUACGCCAAGUGGGUGCCACCGUCUGACCAAAGGGGCGAUGGCUUCACACAUUUGAACGACAAAUUCGGCUACUAGAAAAAACCAUUUGCCUAGCACUAAGAAUAAAUGAU